UGCCAGCUUCACGGAGUUAACACCGUCUCUGCUGGCAGAGGAAGUGGACUGGUGGGGCUGUCUAUUUACCUUUUUCUGCGUCGCGGAGAGGCCGUAGAAUGACCCCAUAAAUGAUCAAAAUCUAAGCAGAAAAUAUAAACGGCAUCCGGUAUUUGUUGGACAUUUUAUGUAUGCGCGUAUUUAUAGAAACGAGAAAAAUACGCAGUGACCUUAACUUGCCGCAUUUGGAAGGAGAGGGGAGAGGGGUUCUUCCUUUCGUGUGUUAACGUUACUGUCUGCAUUGAUAUCUAAGCUUUCUUCCUAGGAAGCUAGACACAGUAGGUGCUGUUAUUUGAUACAGUAGCAGCGUUAGCAAGUUAAACCCCUCUUGUGAGAGGCAGUCAUGGCAACUAGGCGCCUGACCGAUGCCUUCUUAUUAAUGCGGAACAAUGCAAUCCAAAACCGGCAGAUUUUGGCUGAGCAAGUGAGUACAAACGACCCCCGUCGUGCUCUGAGUACACGUAGCAAUGCUGCGGAGCUGGAUGAGCUGGCCGAUGACCGGAUGGCCCUGGUAUCUGGGAUCAGUCUGGAUCCUGAGGCUGCGAUUGGAGUCACCAAACGGCUGCCGCCCAAGUGGGUGGAUGGGGUGAAUGAGAUUCAGUACGAGAUCACGCGGAUCCGGCAGAAGAUGAAGGAGCUGGCCAGCCUGCAUGAUAAGCACAUGAACCGACCCACACUGGAUGACAGCAGUGAGGAGGAGCAUGCUAUAGAGAUCACCACACAGGAGAUCACACAGAUGUUCCAUCGCUGCCAGCGCUCGGUGACCAGCCUGCAGGCGCGGUGUGGCCACUGCACGCAGCAGGAGGACCGCCUGCUGAGGAACGUGGUGUCCUCCCUGGCCCAAAGCCUGCAGGACCUGUCCAUCAGCUUCCGCCACACGCAGUCCGGCUACCUGAAACGUAUGAAGAAUCGGGAGGAGAGAUCCAAGCACUUUUUUGACACGUCUGGCCCUCUUAUGGAGGAGGACGAAGACAUAGCACUGUAUGACCGGGGGUUCACAGAUGACCAGCUGGUGUUGGUUGAACAGAACACGGUCAUGGUGGAGGAGCGGGAGAGGGAGAUCCGACAGAUCGUUCAGUCCAUCUCUGACCUCAACGAGAUCUUCCGGGACCUGGCGGGAAUGGUGGUGGAACAGGGCACAGUACUGGACAGAAUUGACUUCAAUGUGGAGCAGGCCUGUGUGAAAACAGACGAGGGCCUAAAACAGUUACAGAAGGCGGAACAGUACCAGAAGAAGAACCGCAAGAUGCUGGUCAUUUUAAUCCUUUUUGUUACUAUUGUCGUCCUUAUACUUAUUCUGUUUGGGGUGAAGUUCAGGUAAUCCAGCUCUGUGCUUUCCCUGUGUGUGUGCACACAUUUUCAUGUACCUGUGUGUGUGUGUGUGUGUGUGUGUGUGUGUGUACAUGUGUAUGAGGGCCCACUCUGUACUCCAAGUCAAAGCUGCCUUUGUUUGAAUGUAUGUGGAAUCAAACCACCCAACCGAACUAUCCGAAACCAGAUGGCACCCCGUCCUGCUGGCACCAUUGGCUUAAUGGGCCCUGGUUAUGUGUAUACGGUGCAUGAUCCCAAAGAGGGAGGAUGAGGAGAAGGAGGUGCUGUUCUGCCCCCCCCCCAUACUGUACGCACACGAGAUACCUGCACACACCUGUCACUGCAUCCCUGUCCCUGACCAGUCUUUCCCUAUUCUGUGAACUGCCUGCUAUAAACCCACCCCUAAAUCCCCCCACGGAGGAGAGUGGGUCAUGUGACUCGUUUACUGCCUGAGGACCAAGUUGUACAUAGCAUGACCCGUGUCCUUCCACUCGGCAUUCUGGGUGGUAUCCCGCCCAACAUUCCCAUUCCCUGGAGUUGUGUUGGUGAGAGGAGAGGUGGGAGGACUGGAGUGUGAGAGAGAAGAGCACUGCCAUCUCCAUCACCGCGACCGCGGUCAUCACCGCGACGGCGGCCAUCACCGCGACGGCGGUCAUCAUCGUGAUGGCGGCCUUGCACCGCUGAGUGAAGACUGACUCAAAGCAUCAUAGAGGGCUGGUGUCUGGGCCCCCCUGCACGAUUUCGGUUACUCUGGAAUUGGGGUGUGUGGGGUCCUGUCUGCGGAGCUUGCCUUCGUAGACUGGGGUGAGGAAGAGAACAGAAAAACUUUCCUUGGGGUUGAGCCACCAAGCUCGAGAACUCUAAUGGGCCAAAGUGGGCUUCUUCAUCAGUAGAACUGAGAUCGAUUGCGAUUACCAUGUUCUUUUGUUUUUUGCUCGUGUUGAAGUAACACUUUUCAGAAAGCACACAUCAUGACUACCCCUGAAAUGGACACGCAUGGAUAUGUAGCCAUUCUCAUUAUCUUUGCCCUCCUGCCAGUUUGGGCCAACAGUGUGCAUACUCCGCCCCCCCCCCCCACACAUUGCCCAUUUCAUCCCGUCUUUUACUGCUCCAGGGCCGGGCUGUCGUGCUGAAAGACUGUGCCGUUACGGUUUGUGUACCUGUCAAUCUACUUUAUUCUGUAAAAAUAUGAAAUAUUACACUAUUUAUUUGAAAUUGAGCAUCAAGCUGCAAGUGUACAAAAGACUUGGGAGGUGGUGGGGUGGGGGUAGUAAAUCAUUAUGGAGUCAAAGAGUCAUAUGACCUUAGAUACACAAGAAAAGUGUUUUAAGUGGUCGCUUCUUUGACCGCACCACAGAGAUGCAACCCAAAUAUGAAAACUUUUUGAAAGUUUUGGACCUGCAAUUACUUGUACUCUAACCGAAGAUUUAUCAUCUUCUACUACUGUACCUACUGUACGUGAUGCGUCAUUUUCCUGUUUGUUUGGAAGAGAAACUGAGAAACAUUUCACUUUGAAUCCAGUGUAAAUGCCUUACAUGUUUGUUGAAGAAUUUCUUUUCUGUUGUUGAUGGGAUGGAAUCAUGGGUAAAAGUAUUUUCCACAUCCAGUGCACGGUGUCAGUUGUGUACAGUUGAAAAUCCUUUGGUCUUGGUGUUGUAACAUUCUGUGUGACCAUACUGCUGACAUCCUAACGGUACUGUAUAUUAGAUGACGUUUUAUGAGGAUGUAAGCUGAGUUUUUUAAAUAAAUAUGGAACAAGG